UCUGCAGCGUGUUGACUCAGCAGUAAGACAGAGCCAAGCCGCUGUUUGGAGAAGCAGUGUCACGCAUGCUUGAUCUCUUUCAACAGGGACUGAGUUGAAGGACAAGAUUGCGAGUGUGUCUUUCUGUUGAAGGGUAAAGAUGCAGACUCCGGCUGGAUCAGUCAUCCACAGCGGCUAUUUCCACCCGACGCUCCGUUACUGGCAGACCUGUGCCACUGAUCUGAGACCUGAUAAUCUCAUCUACCCCAUCUUCAUUACCGACAGUGCAGAUGCUGUUGAGCCGAUUGGAAGCCUUCCAGGACAGGCGAGAUAUGGGGUGAACAAGCUGGAGGGAAUGCUGAAACCCCUUGUGGAGAAUGGGUUGAAAUGUGUGCUGAUUUUCGGUGUCCCGGCAAAAAUAGCGAAGGAUGAAAGGGGUUCGGGCGCCGACACAGACGACACGCCGGCUGUCCUGGCAGUGAAAAAAAUCCGAUCUUCAUUUCCAGAGCUGCUGGUGGCGUGCGAUGUCUGCCUGUGUCCCUACACGUCACAUGGACACUGUGGCAUCCUGAAUGAUGACGGUGCUCUGAACAAUGACGCCAGCUGUCUGCGUUUGGCAGAAGUGGCGCUGGCCUAUGCACGGGCAGGCUGCCACAUCAUCGCUCCUUCUGAUAUGAUGGACGGAAGAGUUGGAGCCAUAAAACAGGCACUGUUGUCUAAUGGUUUGGGAAACAAGGUUUCAGUGCUGAGCUACAGUGCAAAGUUCGCCUCUUGUUAUUAUGGUCCUUUCAGGGAUGCUGCACAAUCAAAGCCUGCCUUUGGAGACAGGCGCUGCUAUCAGCUCCCUCCUGGAGCCAGAGGACUCGCUCUCCGAGCCGUGGAGCGAGAUGUGAGAGAGGGAGCCGACAUGCUGAUGGUGAAACCCGGCCUGCCCUAUCUGGACAUUGUGAGGGAAGUCAAAGAUAAGUUCCCCACUCACCCCUUGGCAGUGUACAACGUGUCAGGGGAAUUUGCCAUGAUAUGGCACGGAGCAAAGGCUGGAGCGUUUGACCUGCGAACUGCUGUGAUGGAGUCCAUGACGGCCUUCCGCCGGGCAGGUGCUGAUAUCAUCAUCACGUAUUACACACCUCAGCUGCUCACCUGGCUGAAGGAGUAAAGGAAGAAGAGGAAGUGAGGCCUGAGAACAGACAAAGGAGAGGGGGACCAGCAGACGCUUCUUUAAAACUGGAGACUCACCGCAGACCCUGUCGUGCUUAGAGAACUUAGAGAACCUAAGGACAUUAUAGUCGCUAAAAUCAAGCAAGCAGUUUUAAGGUAAUAUUUUAAAUUGCAUCCGGCUGAGUAUCAAGCCUUCAUUCCCAGAAUCAUGAAUUUGAAAUAACUUUUAUGUUUAGCAUUUGAUGAGUUGAUACAAUGUAGGCGUCCAUUGUUGUGUUGGAGCUUUUCUAGCAGAAAAUGUAACUCCUUUUUGUCACCGUGAUCAGCAUUAAAUAAAACCUGUUGCCUUCAGUGAGGUCAUCAUGAAA